GAGAAAUUGCCUUUGCUUGUACGAUAUUGACAGUGCACUAGAAGACUGCUUGUCAAGUUCAAACCGAUAUGAAAUGUUGGAACCAUAGUUAAGGUACGAUGGCUAAUUAUCAUAAAUGGUCACAAACCUUUGCGUUUUGUACAAAACGGUCACAAACCUUUAUUUUUGCACGAUUCGGUAAUAAACAUUUAACAUAUAACAAAAUGGUCAUUCCGUCUAUCUACAUCCAAACUUCUGUUAAUUUGAUCUAGUCAGCACUCCAUAUCAUCCAAAUUAAUAAUAAAAUAAUAAAACUUAACCAAACCGAACAAGAAUGAAAAAUUGAAUUUCCACCAUCAAUGCCAUGUCCCAAUUCCCCAUUGUUCUCUGCCGCUAUCUGUAAGAAUUCAACCUCAAAAUCCUUUCCAUUUCGUCGCAAUGACCAAGCUCUCCACUCCUCCACCGCCGGCCCCGAUUGUAAUCAGAAAAGUCUUGGGGUCUGAUUUCCCCUUCUCCUUCGAUGCAACGCGAGGCCAGAAUAUAGGAAAAGAAGGAAUGAACAGAGGUGGAGGCGACAUUUUUGGGCUCUCAAUCCCCGACACUCCGUUGACGGAACGAGAGGCCGAGGACCACCACUUCGACGAGAAUAAUAUCGCGGGACUCCAGCUUUUGUUCUUAUGUCGAUGGAGCCUAGGCUGAGCGAAGACAGCGACAGGGGCACCACCGCCAUGAUGAGUGUUUUGAGGAGGUCGGCUGGACUGAGGGAUGGAGAGGUCGCAACUCGCAACGAUCGGAAAAUGAAAGGAAGGAGAAGAGGCGAUUGGAAUGAGAGAGACGCUGGUGGAUUCUAUCGGCUGGGAGCACGAGCGGUAGAAGGAGAAGGGUUUACUGAAUGGGCUGCCCUCUAUUCUCCCCAAGCAAUGCCCAACUGUAAUCAAAUGGCAGCAGAUGCGCCAUUCUCGUCAUAGUAAUUAGGCGCGCUCGUCGUCUUACUGGGGAAAUGCUGGCUUGGAGGAGGAAAAGUGAGGUUGGGACUGAUCGUCGGAGGAAGGAAAAGAAGUAGAGAGAGAUCCCUGGACCCUGGGGUUUUCUUCCAGACAGAAGAUAGGUUAGACGGUUGGGUUUUGAGAGAGUUAGAUGGGUUGCGUCCGGGUAUGGUUAAGUUUAAUUAUUUAUUAUUAAUUUUGAUGACAUGGAGUGUUGACUGGAUCAAACUAACAGAAUUUUGGAUGGAAAAAGGCGGAAUGACCAUUUUGUUAUACGCUUAAACGUUUAUUAUCGAAUCGUGCAAAAACAAAGGUGUGUGACCGUUUUGUACAAAGUGCAAAGAUUUGUGACUAUUUAUGAUAAUUACCAAGGUAUGAUUUAAGUUCAAAAUGCCGCACCACUGAAUUAUCCAAUGCAAUUUCCAAUACAGUUAUAAAUUAUUG